AUGCUUUCUCGUUCAACACAAUUUCUUCAACAAUUAACAACAAUAAAUUCACGUCGAAAUUUAUCAUUUAAACAAUUCAAUCAAAUAAAACCUAUUAUUAAUCGAAAUCUUGCUUGGUUUUCUGGGCAAUCACGCAAGGACACUUUUGGUGGAAAAUUAAAACGACGUUUAAAAAAUUUUUUCGUUAUUACUGUUGUUGGUCUCGGUACAUAUUAUGGUUAUCGUAGUUAUCGUCGCUAUCGAUGGUUUAAUGAUAUGAGUGAUUCUGAUAAGACUUCUGGUACUAAACCACGUGUUGUUGUACUUGGAACAGGUUGGAGUGCUGUACCACUUUUAAAACAUAUUGAUACUCAGAAAUAUGAAGUUGUUUGUGUAUCACCACGUAAUUAUUUUUUAAUGACACCAUUAUUACCAUCUGUUAGUGUUGGUACAGUUGAAACCCGAACAGUAAUUGAAUCAAUUCGUUCACUUAUUGGACCACGUGUUAAAUUUAUUGAAUCACAUUGUAUUAAUGUAGAUCCAAAAGCAAAAAUUAUAACAUGUAUUAGUGAUGGAGAACAAACAGUAGCACGUGGUGAUAAUGUUAAAGCAGUAAUUGCACCAUCAGGACGUACAGAUGGUGCAUCAUCAAGAAUAAUUAAAGAUUCAGCUCGAGUUCGACCUGAAUUUCAAAUGAAAUAUGAUAUACUUGUUGUUGCUAUUGGAUCAGAAAAUAAUACAUUUAAUACUCCUGGUGUUGAAGAACAUGCACAUUUUCUUAAAGAACUUCUUGAUGCUCGACGUAUACGUUCAGCAAUUAGUGAUGCUUUUGAAUCAGCUAUGACACCAACACAAACAGUAGAAGAAAGAAAACGUCUUCUACAUUUUGUUAUUGUUGGAGGUGGACCAACAGGUGUUGAAUUUGCUGCCGAACUUGCCGAUUUAGUUCGUGAAGAUCUACAAACUUAUUUUCCACGUCUUGUUGCUAAUGAUGUAAAAAUAACAUUAAUUGAAGCACUUGAUCAUAUUUUAUCAAUGAUGGAUAAACAAAUAAGUGAUUAUACUGAAAGACAUUUUCAUCGUGAAAAUAUUGAUGUAUUAAUGAAUACAUUUGUUAAAGAAGUUAAACAACGUGAAGUUAUUAUACAAUUAAAAGAUUCCAAUGAACUUAAAAGUCUUCCAUGUUCAGUUGUUGUUUGGGCAACUGGAAUUAAAGCUCGAUCAUUAACAAAUAAACUUCGAGAAAUAAUUGGUUUAAAUAUUCAAAGCAAUCGUAUGGGUCUUCUUACUGAUCAAUAUUUACGUGUAAAAGGUAUUGAUGAUGGUUCAAUAUUUGCUCUUGGUGAUUGUGCUACAAUUCAAACACCAAAAUUAGUUGAUCGUAUUCAAUCAUUAUUUGAAGAAGCUGAUACAGAACAUCGAAGUGCACUUGAUCUUCAACAAUUUCGAACAUUAGUUGAAAAGAAAAUUACUGAAUUUCCACAACUUGAAAUAUUUUCCAAGAGUGUCGAAAAGGCAUUCACAGAAGCUGAUAAAGAAAAGUCUGGUUAUUUAACACUUGCUGCACUUCGUUCAACUCUUGAAAAAGCUGAUCAUAAAAUUCGUGCAUUACCAGCAACAGCUCAAGUUGCAUCUCAAGAAGGUCGUUAUGUAGCUGAUUUACUUAAUCAAUUAACUGAUACACAAUUAAAUCAUUUUGAACAACAAAAUCUAAAACCAUUCCGAUAUAAACAUAUGGGUUCAUUAGCAUAUGUUGGUGGUGAUGAAGCAGUAGUUGAUUUUACUGGUUCAAAACCACUUCUUGAUAUAUUUAAAUUAAAACCAAUGUCAGGUCGUAGUGCUGCUUAUUUAUGGAAAUCAUUUUAUCUUACUGAAAUGUUUACUGGACGAACGAAAACAUUGCUUGCAUUUGAUUGGGUUCGUACUCAUGUAUUUGGACGUGAUAUUAGUCGAUAUUAA